UUGUCAUGUGUAUUGGUGAACUGUCAAACAUUUGAAAUAACAAAUUUGCGCCUUGCAACAAAACAUCACAUCAUCCAGUUUAGCGGAGUGCAACAACAAAAUUCGCAACAAUUGCGAUUGAAUUGUAAGCAUGGUGUGCAUGAACGAGCUCUUGGUGCAACUAAAGAUUUCGAAUAAUAUGGAUUUCUGCAGCGAUUUGGCGAACAUUCAGUCGAUUUUCAACUACGCAAAUGAGUACAUCAAACCAUUGACAAAGAUUCGAUUCCGAGGAGGCAAUGAACCGUACAUAGCGGAUAUCGUCGCAAAGGUGUUGGCACUUUUCAAUCGAAAAGGCUAUUUUGAUGCGGCCACCUCCCGACCGUUGCCUGAAUACGAUGAACAAUUGCGGAAAAUUGUAUUCUACCUUAUGUUGAACACCGAAGCCACUUUCAAGUACGAUCUGAUUACGGAUCACAGUGUGUGCCACUUGCUGAAUACACUGCCUGCACUGCCGAAGGCACUUUUACAUGCGUGCAUUUGGGGUCUACAUCUUGAGUGACACUUUUGCGACAUUAUUGCAUACACACCGAUCUGGUUUGCGUAUCAGUUCAUCGACAAUGUGGUGGAAAGUCUGAAAUAUGCCGAUCCCUACGAGACGUUAGAGCGUGUGGAUCAAUUGGUACAUGCUGUGUACACAAAUAUCGCACGCUCGGAUUUCCGUCAAAUGGAGGCAGUGGACAAAAAAAUCAUUCUCAACAAAUACUUCGAUGUGACAAUGGAUUUGAUGCGCCACUUCUAUUCGCCGGAUGCGGAAAAGUUUGAGAAAUGGUCGAAGAACAAAUAUCGCAACCUGAAGCGUAUCUGAGCCAUUUAAUUGGGCAUGAGGGAAAAGGCAGCAUUUUGUCGGAAUUAAAAAGCCGCGGUUGGUCCAACAGCUUGUUAGCUGGCCAUAAUACGCUGGCGCGUGGCUUUGGAUUCUUCGAUAUCAUGGUGGAUUUGACACAAGAAGGAUUUGAGAACAUUGACGAAAUUAUCAAAAUCAUUUUUCAAUAUAUCAACAUGUUGCGAAUGUUGGUCCGAAGAAAUGGAUUUUCGAGGAGUAUUUGAAUUUGAGCGAAAUGCAAUUUCGGUUCAAAGACAAAGAGACCGCUUUGCUGUUGGUCUCGAGUGUGGUGCAUUCAAUGCGAUUGUAUCCGAUGGAAGAGGUGUUGACUGCACCGUAUUUGAUCAGUGACUGGCGACCAGACCUUAUUCAGAAUUUGAUGGACGAUUUAGUCGUUGUUGGCCAAAAAGUCGAACCAAUUUGUAAUGAAAUCGAAUAUUGGUAUGGAACGAAAUAUCGAUCGGAGCCAAUUUCCGAAGAUGUCAUCGAGGAUUGGAAGAGUUGUGGUCUAAAUGAAAAUUUGAGUUUUCCAAUGCCGAAUCCGUUCAUACCAACCGAUUUUGAGCUAUGCACCGGAGAAUCAGAAGUCAAGCCAUAUCCAGUUAUUCUACACGACACACCGAUCAUGCGAGUGUGGUACAAACAAGAUACCGAGUUCAAAAAACCGAAAACAAUCAUGAAUUUUGACUUCUCCAGCCCGAUGGCUUAUUCGGAUCCACUCAAUUGCAAUUUGACACACAUGUUUGUUCAGCUGUUCAAAGAUGAACUGAACGAAUAUUUGUACGAGGCUGAACUGGCCGGUUUGCGAUUCGGAGUGAGCAACACAUCAAAUGGGAUUAGUGUGAGUGGGCAACUACCUUGAGUCUAACGAGCAGAUUUUUGAAGCUACAUUGCAAUUCUCCAUUGCACAUAUCGCAAAAAAUCGUCAUUAAAAUUUGUCAACAUUCGAUUCAUUGACAUUUAGAUAUAAUCCAAUUUAGUAGAUGUAACUUGCCGGUUUCAUCCAUACCGGUUUUUUGAGGUCAAUGACUUGUAUGGAUAAAAGUGGGAAAAAACAUCUGCUCCAAUUAAAUGAAUAUAAUUAUAAUGAGAGAAGAAUGCAAAAAAAAAACGAUAAUAAUUAAUUAUUGCGGAAGGUAAUGUUUCAAGCAGACGCAUGCAUCUGUAUUGAAGUAACACCACCCGUUUACAUGAGUUGACAGACAAUGUGAUAAACAGAAAAGACGGCAAAGAAAAAAAUGUCAUUCGAAUUGCAAAUGAAAAAUUUCUAAGAAAAAAGUUGCCUUUGCUCUUUUUGUUUUCAAUUUUAAGUAGUCAUUGUAAUUUGAAAACUUCUUACGAAUACAUGGGAUCAAGCCAAUCAAAACUGAUUAUCGCUAUGAAGUUGCGAAAUGGAAAAAUAUAUCAAAUCGAAAGUGAGCAACCAUUUGAAGAUGAGCUUGGUGAAGGUGAGCAAUCAUUUGAAAAUGAACCUGGAACCAGUGGUGUAGUGAUGCCGGUCAAAUUUUUCAUUGCUUCAAUUGCAGGUAUUUUUAUAUUAUAAAAAAAGAUUAUAAUUUUAAUUAUAGAUCUAUUUUAUUACGUUUAUUGAUUAUAAUCAUAACAUAUAAAACUCUGAAUGAUUCUAGCGGUUGGAAACAUUUUUAUCUAUUGAAUAAAUAAGGAAAUUACUAAAUAUAUUGAAUAAAUAAGUUUACCACACACCACUGUAAAUUGAUUUCAAAUGUCGUGCGUAUAGAGUGAAAAUUCCAUUUUUUUGUGCAAAAUAUGUCAUUUCUCAAUGAACUUUCACACAAUUUACAAUCUUUUUCACUUCAAUCAUAAUUUUCUAGAACAAACAUGACAUUUUUUUAACCCAAUGAUUUAGGUUAGAAAGCAUACUUUUCUUAAACAGACAACGAUAUUUUAGCUGAAACGUUGGUAUUUUUAAAUUAAAAAAUCGAGUUUUAAGCUAGAAAAUUCAAUUUCUAACAAGAAAAUUGAUUAUAUUUACUGAAAAAUUCAAAUUCAGGAUAGGAAAAUUAUGUUCUUGACUAGAAAAAAAUUCAUAAGAUUUCCUGAAUUUCCUCGGUCAGAUGAGGGUCUAAUGAUAAUUCAAUUGAUUCGAAUCUACUUGUUUAAUCAAAUAAUUCUCAACUUUAACCAAACUAAAAAUGAUUAGAUGUAGUUUGUACAUUACUGCCAAACCGGUUUUCGCCAACAUAUGGCUCGCCGACUUAUGCUCUCGUAAUGUACAAACCAUAACUAAUUAGCAGGUGUACGUGACCAUAGCCCAUUUAAUUAAAUAGGUAUGUAAGUAGAUGCAUCAUAAUAAGCAUAGCAUAUAAAAAUGCAAUUAUACUCUUCACACACACACACGCACACUCACGCACGUGCGCGCAUACCUAAUUCCGCUGCGAUCGUAUGCAUACGUUCUACGCAUGUGCCAAUUAUUAACGUGAGAUGUACCAAAAAAAUCAAUUUAAUUGUGCAAUUAUCCUAUCAAUUUUUUUGUGGAAGCUAGACACAACUUCUUUUGGAUAAUUACGCAGAUGGAACGAAAGAAACAAACGAACAAACUGUUCAGUUUUUCUCUUUGUUUACAUUCUCGAAGCUUCAUGUUGUUGCUAUUCGCUUUCGUCAUUUGCUUCGGUAUUGAUCUGAUCAUUUUUGAUCAUUUCAACAUAUUAGUUAACAUCUCAUCAUUCAGUGACAAAGUAUGAGAAUUAGUCUACGGAAGGAAUUAAAGAAAGAAAGAAAAACAACAACAAUAACACAUGAAUUAACGUUAAUGCGCGACCGUGUCGUUGUCUGCUUUAGCAUCGACGGCAGCAACGGCAGCGAUAAAUGAACGUACGAAU